GAUUAUCUGAUUUGAUCAUGGCAGCAUAUUCAAGAGGAAAGAUUGCAUUGAAAAGGAGUUUGCAAGCAAGAAUGCAAUGCCUAAAGAAACAACGAAUAAGCCCGAAAGCAGAGGCAGAAUUUAUGUGCCGUUCAGGACUAGAUAGCGAUCUGUUGAAAGUGAAAUACAUCAACAGAAGAAUUGGGUAUGGCGUUUUUGCUAGUGAAAACUUCUCUAAGGGCAGUUUUUUAACUGAAUAUGUUGGGGAAAGAAUUGCUCCUAAAGAAGCAGAGGAGAGGGAUAGGAAGCGGAAAAUUAAACACUGUUACCUCUUCUACUACAAGUGGAAUGGUCUUAGAUGUGUUGACGCAACAGGUACAGACAGAAUUGGGAAAUAUAUAAACGAUGCUAAAAAUGGUGACCCACUAAACAAUUGUGUUAUGAAGCUUUUGACGGUGGAAAACAACCCUCGACUCUGUCUAUUUGCUAAUCGAAAUAUAGAAAGGGGAGAAGAGUUGAGAUACGACUAUGGGGAAACUAACCUACCUUGGAGACAAGUAUGUGACAAAUUAUUCAUAUCAAUUGUGUUUUGAAAUAUCACCUGGAUUUCAGGAAUAUAUAUAGUG